ACGCCCACCAACACGCCUGGUGCUGGCUGCCGGACACCUACCCUCCCUACCCAUCCAUACACGCCCGCCCCAGUCCACAUCGCACCUACACCAUGGAAAGCCCAGGAGCCUAUCCAGAGUCUCCAAUCGACGACGAGGUCGUGUAUCCCUGCAAAGGAUGUGGAGAGAUCCUCGAAGAAGGAAAAGCAUUCGAGCUCGCUGGCAACCGAUGGCACAUCGACUGCUUCCGCUGCAACACCUGCGGCACCCUUCUCGACUCCGAUGCGAAUCUGCUCCUCCUGGGCGACGGCUCCCUGAUAUGCAACAACUGUACAUACAGCUGCAACCACUGCGGCAACAAGAUCGAAGACCUCGCCAUUCUGACCGGUGACCAGGCCUUUUGUGCCAAUUGCUUCAGGUGCCGGAAUUGCAAGCGCAAGAUUGAAAAUCUCCGCUAUGCCCGUACUUCACAGGGAAUCUUCUGCAUGUCAUGUCAUGAGUCGCUCAUGGCCCGCCGGCGCAAGAAAUCGAAAAAGCCGCCCUCAAUUGCACCAAAAGUAGACAAGUCUCUGCCAGCUCUGCCUCCUCAGGAGCCAGCCAGCAGCUCUUUCACCCCAGACCUGGACACGCCUUCGGAAGCCUUUUCGGAGCCCCCUACAACGGAUGCAUCUCCCAGGCCACCUCAUCCAAGAAGAGGCGAUUCGUCUUCAAACUUCAGGCGCGAUGCAUCGCCUAUCCCAGAUCUGUCUCGAAAAGACAACACAACACUUCCCGCCACCACCUACGGCAAAGACGCCAGUCGCUCAGAACCAGCCGAUACUGGCGACGACGGCAUCCUUCUUCCCUUCGCUCUCGACCCAAACCCGGCACCAGGCCCAUCACCCCUCGGUCGACCUACGAGCAGGAUCAACGACCGACAAGGAGCAAAGUCAGCCGGAAACGUAGAGGGAAAGAGCGGCCGCGACUACUUCAACAGGCCUACUGCCGAUCAUCGCGAAAAGCUAAAGGAGAAUGGCUCACGAGAUGCCUCCAAAGAGCGAAGGCAGACUUACCAACCGCAGGCUGGAAGCCCCCAUAUUGCUUACCAAGAGAAGGGAAGGCAACCUUCGGACACAAUGGUGGACACGCUGAAGAAGAAGAAGGAUGGCAUCAAUGAGUCUACUUUAGCUGAACCUCGGUCCAAGAGUCAGCAUGCUUCUCCUGCGCCAUCUUCAGCUGCAGAGCCCUUUAAGUUACAAGACGUCCCAAAGAGCAAGAAGGCAGAUGCAAAGCGCAAAGACUCUGACGAUACAGCUUCCUCCUACAGCCAGCCCCAACAACGCAGCGCUUCCAAUACCGCUACGCCUUCCCGCCACAGUCGUUCCUUCAUGGAAGCAUCGUUCACAUCUUCUCCACCCAUUGGUUCGCAAGACUCGCCAGAUACUUCAGAAUCAUCGUUUGGCUCCAACUUGGUUGUUGAACGGCCAGCACGUGGUGAUUCCCUUAACCCCACCGCCAUCAAGUCUUCCGCACCUCUAUCCCAACACGAUCGAGCUGGUGGCUCGCCCACGACUCCGACUUUGAGCCACCCGGAUCGAUCGUCGUCUGCGACUGCGGCUACGGCGCAACUGAACGCGGGUCUCGGUAUCACUGCUGCGGCGGAUACACCAUCCUCCAGAAGUCUCUCAGAUGUCCCUGUUCUUCCUGCACGUUCGGGCGGCCGACCAGCACCACCCCCGACUGACACAUUCACCUCUCCACGUGCUCCUCCACAGCCACCUUCGGCACAGAUUCACAAGACGAGCGAGUCUAUGAGCAGCGAGGCUUCUCGAGAUACCUAUCCUCCGGGCGGACUUCCUCGUUACAGUCACCAGGGCGAUUUCUCCAUGGAUGAAGACUUUGCGCGACUCCUCGGCAAUCAAGAAGGCAGGGAUGAUAAAGAAAGCGGUGUUCUCAGAAGAGUCUCAAACGCCGUCUCGAAGCAUGGGCGUAGUUUUAGUGAUCGUUCCGUCACUACACGAGGUCACAAGAAAUGGCCUGCCAACGGCUCGGUCGAUAUCAGCAGCCCCACCGUGCCCUCACCAGACUCCAAAGAAGAAGGCGCCAACCUGAGGAACGAACUGCGCCGUGCCCAGCAGCGGAUUGCAGAGCUCGAGGCUGAAAAGAACGGGCUACAGGAAUCAAUGCACAGCGCAGCUGACAUCAAACAAGCCAAUACGGUUUUGCGAGAAAAGCGAAACACAAUGGCUGUCUUGGACACACAACGUGAAAUGGUUAUUCGCGAGUUGGAGAUUAUGACUGAACACCUCAAGCGCGCUAAGAACAGUCAAGGUUCCAUGGACAUUGGCCAGCUCAAGUCAGACAUUCUCAAAGACUUUGGAAGCUCCCUACAGAAGCUCAAAGACAAUUUAGGUCAUCAAAUAGAAGAUCUAAUCACUAAGCGAUCGGAGUUGACUGAGGAGAUUUCCAAUCUCAUCCAGAUGAAAGACAAGGGUUUCCAGGAAUACGAAUCGCUCACGGCCGCCAAUACAAGACUUUCUGCCAUGAACCGCGACAUAGUAGACAACAUACAGACCAACCUAAAGAACAACAAAAAGCCUGGGCAAAGUGCUGAUGUUCCUCCGAACGGUCUGGGUAUAUACACCGCUCAACAAAAGGGUGGAAAAUCGGAAAUUUCGGUGGAUACGACAUCCAUUCCCCAUGACCAUUCAUACGCCAACCUUCAUGACACCGAGUCUGAAGCGACCGUCGCUCAGCCACAAGUUGUCAACAUCAGAAAGACGGGCAAGCCUACCAAGUUCUCCACCUGGAAGAAGGGUAGCCAAGCCAUUACCAAGAACGUCACAAAGGGAUUCAAGGGAGCAUUCGGCUCAGAGCAGAAACAGGAGGACUAUCAAAUCAAAGUCAUCGGGACUCCCUAUGGCUCAGUGCACCAACAGCCCGAUCUCGUUUCCAUGUCCAGCUCCAUCAAGAGCAGCCAACAAGACCAGAACGCUCAGCGUGGCUGGUUUGGUGGAAAGCCUACAGGUGGUAAACCAGGUCAACCUCAAUACAGGCCAAUGCAGCACAACGAAAGUAGUCUCAAUCUGCCUGCUGACGCCAGCACCGUGCUCUUCGGUUCGGAUCUAACUGCCAGAUGCGAGUUCGAAAAACAGAUGAUCCCUCGCAUCGUCAGUCGAUGCAUUGAAGAAGUGGAACUGCGUGGUAUGGACGUCGAAGGUAUCUAUCGGAAGAGCGGUGGUACAUCCCAAGUAAACCAGGUCCGCAAAGGCUUCGAGACAGACUCAGAACAUGAUAUUUCCGAUCCCGACCUGGACAUCCACUCAAUCACCUCUGCUCUCAAGAAUUACUUCCGAAGGCUUCCUGUACCUCUGAUCACGUUUGACGUCUAUGACCAAUUUUUGGAAGCUGGCCAACUUGAAGAGCCGAGUGCACAAGCCAAGGCUUUGUCUGCGGCUGUCAAUGAAAUACCCAAGGCUCACCGCGAUACGCUCCAGUUCCUUGUGUUUCAUCUUUCGCGCGUCAUCCAGCAUGCUAAUGACAAUUUGAUGACACCGUUGAACGUUGCCGUCGUUUUCGCGCCAACCAUCAUGCGACCUCUGGACAUUCAGCGCGAGCUUACAGAUGUUCAGCAGCAACGUGUUGCCGUGCAAGCGCUCCUUGAGAACUACAAGGCCGUCUUUGGCGACGAAUAGAUGAGCCAGACACAGAUUUAGGCUCUCAAUGCGUAGCUUGUACAGUUUCGUUGGGCACAUUUCUAAUAUUGAAAAGCGCUUAUUCCUUAUCUGCUCGCCAGCGUCGUUGCAUUCAUCUUCAAUCUUCGUACGUCGAUACUGGAUGUUAUAAUACGGCUUCGAUCCCUUCUUUCUCUUCUAUCUCCUUGUAUCAUACGACUCUGUAUUUGGCUUUGGAUGGCUUUCAUACCAACGACUGUCAGGGAUGUAUUGAUGGUGACGAUGGAAUUUGUUAUUAUACCCUCCAGGGCUUUGUUUUUGUUUAGUUAUCUUAGCGUAAGGUGUGGCAUAGUCAUAGAUUCCUGAAAAAGCAGCAUAUCAUGCGCUUUCUGCAAGUCAAUUGGAAACGAGUUCAGGGGUGUGAUAUAUGGUCUAGAAUCUCUGACAAUUCACAUGCUCCACAAGCA